AUGGCGUCCGUGCAAGCGUCUCGGCGCCAGUGGUGCUACCUGUGCGACCUGCCCAAGAUGCCGUGGGCCAUGGUGUGGGACUUUAGCGAGGCCGUGUGCCGUGGCUGCGUGAACUUCGAGGGCGCCGACCGCAUCGAGCUGCUCAUCGAGGCGGCCAGACAGCUCAAGCGGAGUCACUCGCUGCCUGAGGGCCGCUCCCCCGGGCCCCCGGCCCUCAAGCCUCCCUCCGCCACCGGCAAGGAGACCGUAGGUGCCCAGCCGCAAGACCGCUAUGACCGGGCGUCCUCCUCGUCCUCCUCCUCUUCCUCAUCGUCUAUCGCCACAGCCGCAGCCUCCUCCGGGCAGACCUCACGCAUGCCCCUGGCACCAGCCACCCUGGACUUUGGGAUAGGAGCUCGACUCGCCAACGGUGAAGCAGAUGGGGCCCGGAGGGCUCUUCUGGGGGCCAUGCCGGGCUUGGUUUCGCCGGGGCUGCUAGCAGCUGCCGUGUCUGGGCUGGGUGGCCGAGGGAUGGCCCUGGCGGCCCGCCCAAGCUAUGGGGCCGAUUUCGAGAAGGAGAAAGCAGUGGCCGGGGUGGGUGCUGGGAGUGUGGUAGGCAGCCAGCCUCCACGGGCAGCAGACUGCCUUGCAGAGCUGAACGAAGCCAUGCGUGGCCGAGCAGAGGAGUGGCAUGGGCGGCCCAAGGCAGUUCGGGACCAGCUGCUGGCCCUUUCAGCCUGUGCCCCCUUCAAUGUUCGAUUCAAGAAGGACCAUGGGCUGGUGGGGCGGGUGUUUGCCUUCGAUGCAGCUGCCCGUCCCCCAGGCUAUGAGUUUGAGCUGAAGCUCUUCACGGAGUAUCCCUGUGGCUCUGGGAACGUCUAUGCUGGAGUCCUGGCAGUGGCCCGCCAGAUGUUUCACGAUGCCCUCCGGGAGCCAGGCAAAGCUCUGGCCUCCUCGGGCUUCAAGUACCUGGAGUAUGAGAAAAGGCAUGGCUCUGGCGAGUGGCGGCAGCUGGCCGAGCUCCUCACUGAUGGUGUCCGUACCUUCCGUGAGCCAGCUCCGGCGGAGGCCCUUCCCCUGCAGUCCCCAGACAGUGCCUCUGCUCGCCCAGCAAGGACCCCUGGCCCGGUCCCCCGGAGGCGCAAAGCCUCACCUGAGCCAGAGGGAGAGGCAGCUGGGAAGCUGACCAGUGAGGAGCACCAGCAGCAGCAACAGCAGCAGCAACAGCAGCAGCAGCAGCAGCAGCAGCAACAGCAGCAGCAGCAGCAGCAGCGCCACUGGGGAGCAGCCCCAUACCCGGGUGAGCCUGCAGUAGCAGCAGCUGGGGCUCCUUCACCCAUUGCAGCCCUGAAGACAGUGGCUGAGGGGCUGGGCCAGUCACCCAAAGAGGGAGGAGGUGGUGGUGGAGGCCCUGGGAGGGGUGGAGGAGCCAGCCCGGCAGGCUCAUCCCCAGCCGCUCCUCAGAGGCUGGUAGCUCGCAAUGGAGAAGCAGAGGGGGAAUCUGGGAGUGGUGGAGUGGCCGGGGCAGGUGGUGGGACCAGCGGGGCUGGGGCUCCCCUGUGCUGCACGCUGUGCCGGGAAAGGCUGGAGGACACCCACUUUGUACAGUGCCCAUCAGUGCCAGGCCACAAAUUCUGCUUCCCCUGUUCAAGGGAGUUUAUCAAGACCAUGGGCCCUGCUGGUGAAGUCUACUGCCCCAGUGGGGACAAGUGCCCACUAGUGGGGUCCAGCGUGCCCUGGGCCUUCAUGCAGGGUGAGAUUGCCACCAUCCUGGCGGGUGACAUCAAGGUGAAGAAGGAGCGAGAUCCCUAAGCUUGACUCUCCCUCCUUCCCACAUCCCUUCCUGGGCCCCAGAUUCCUGGAAUCCUGGACCCUGCAGCUAAAUUAUUCCCUCUGAGCAGCCCCCCUCCCCAUACACCUUUCCCUUACCCACAGACUGAGCUUUCCCAGAGCUAAUUCUGGAGGCGCUAGCCUUGAGGACACCCCCAAAGCUCUUGUUUGAGCCCUGCCAAACUCCUGGGUCUCAGUCCCCAGGCCAAGCUUCCCCAGAACAGCUACUCCAGAUUUGGGGGGAAGAUGGGGCCAGAGCACCCCCACAGCCAGAGACCCGGGUGUCUGGGUUUUUGCCUUUGGACAAAACUCUAUGAAUUGCUGCCCCCUGGUUUCCAGUGGGAGAUGGAGCCACGAACAUUCUAGAGCCCUCCAAACUGGGCGUUGGAUGCCUAGGUCCCAUCUCUCCUUCACACUUAGCCUCUUUGGAGCGGGUGCCUGCUGUUUGAAGGGAAGAGCUGGGCUCAAGAACUGGCCCCUGGCUUUCACGGGGCCCUAAAGCUCAGAGAUGUCUGGGCCCCUGACCUUAGGAACAAACACACAAACUCUGGAACCAUUGCCUCCAAUUCCGAGGGGAGAGAUGGAUUUAAAGACGCCCCCAAACCCCCGAGCUGGGACUAUGGACACACUGUGGGUCCCUGCCCUUCAGUAGCGCUUCCCGGGAAUGGUCACCUCUGCUUCGGGGGGAGACCAAUUCAAGCACACCUCCAAAGCCUAGAGUCGGGGACCCUGGACGCUUGGGUCCUUGACCUCCCGCAGAGCUUCCUCAGAGCAAUUGACCUCUGAAUCCAACAGGUCCACGGAUGAAUUCCAAAGCUCAACCCUGGGCACAUUGCUCUCGGAGCAAAGCUUUCUGGAACAGCCAGCCCCCUUUCCCUUGGGGUUGGGAGAGAGAGAGAGAGAGAGAG